AAAAGUUUCUUCCUUUCACUCAAAAAACCCACACCUCCUCUUCCUUUGGUCACUAGUAAGCUCUGUUUUUUUCUUCUUCCUCUUUUCUUCCUCUCUCCCUCGUAACUGUUGCUAUUUUUUUUUACGCAAGUUUUGUUCUUUCUCGAAACCCAAAACUUGUGAUAAGCAAUGGGCAAGGCGUCAAAGUGGUUUCGCGGGCUUCUGGGUCUCAAAAAAACAGAGCGUAGCACCUCACCUGCGAAGCCACCCAAAGAGAAACGCCGAUGGAGCUUCGUUAAAUCAAACACAGAAAAGGACAACAACACUGCUGCCACGUGUCCACCACAAGGAAACGACGGCAGCAAGCACGCCAUGGCAGUGGCAGCAGCCACUGCUGCGGUGGCGGAAGCGGCGGUGGCUGCCGCCGAAGCUGCUGCCGUUGUUGUCAGACUAACAAGCAGCAGCGGCAGAUGCACCGACGUGGGGCCCACAAGGAUUCGCCAGCACUGGGCCGCCGUUAAGAUCCAAGCCGCUUUUCGGGGCUGUCUGGCAAGGAGAGCACUGAGAGCAUUAAAAGGGUUGGUGAAGCUGCAAGCAUUAGUGAGAGGUCACAUUGAGAGGAAGCGUACAGCACAAUGGCUGAAAAGAGUGCAAGCACUCUUGCAUACACAGGCACAAGUCUCUGCAGGCUUGGUUCUGCAUGCCUCACCUUCAAGCUCAAAGUUUUCUACCCACCUCCAUGGUCCAGAAACACCAGAAAAAUUUGAGAGCCCUAUCAGCUCUAAAAGCAUGAAAUAUGAGCAAUCACCUAUAUUCAAGAGAAAUGGCUCCAAAUCCUGUGUUCAGAUCAAUGGCUAUCAAGAGAUAUGUGGUAGCAGAUUGGAGAAUCAAGUAACUGAUCAACCAUGGAGCUCAGCAAGAUCAUUGAUAAGAACAUACAGUUCCAAUGAUGAAAGAAAUGACAGGGUUCUUGAAGUUGAUUCUGGAAAACCACACUUUACAAAGCGUAGAAACCUCUCUUACUCCACGGUUUCUGAUCAUUACAGCAAGAGUUUGAACAGCACAAAGGAGUCAACAUCUCUUCAAUCUGGUCAAAGUCCAUGUGGUGAAGUUCAGUCAUACAGUUGCAGCUCACAAAAAGUCAACGAGAUAGAGGAGAGUCCGUUCUGCACUGCUGACAACAGUCCACAAUUCUUAUCAGCCACUUCCAAAGACGAUGGCUUCAAUAGAAGCCCUUUUACCCCCGCAAGGAGUGAUGGGUCUAGAAGCUACAUUCGUGGUUAUGCUGACUACCCAAGUUACAUGGCAUGCACUGAGUCUUCGAAAGCAAAGGUGAGAUCUUUGAGUGCCCCAAAACAAAGGCCAAAUUCUGAGAGACCUGGUUCAUCAAAUAGAUACUCUCUUAAUGGAUUUGACAUGUCAAGAUUGGCCACACAAAGGGCAAUGCAUGCAAGCUUCACCAACAAGGCAUAUCCCGGUUCUGGUCGUUUGGACAAGCUUGGUAUGCCUGUCGGGUACAGAUUCUGAGUUGUGUUAAUGUUUAAGAUUAUGUGUCUUCUUUUUUAUAGUCUUAGCAUCUGAUUUUGCUAACUUCUUCUACUUUAGGCUUCCAUUGCAGUUUUAAGUGUUAGCAUUAGAAAUCUAUUUCGAAAUUUCAGUGCAUGCUGCUGCUAAGUGUCAAGUCAUUUUCUGACUUGGAUGGACUGUUCAAAGGAAUUAUUAUCUUAGCUUUUCAGUUUUACCUUGCA